AUGGAGACGUCCAUGGCGACUUCGACGACGAGCAAUCGCUUCGCGCACCGCAUGCUCAGCCUCCACCGCCUCAUCAAGAACAACGUCGUCGCAUCUCUCCUCGGGGGCCACCGCCAGACCACGCCGGCGACGACGGGAACACCGGUGCCGCUUCCAGCAACACGCCUGCUCGGUAACAGCAAGACCGCGGCGGUUGUCGACGUCGACGCGCUACUCCUGAAUUCUUCGAUGCCGUCCGCGGCGACUUUAUUCCCACCUUUCUUCCUCGUCGCGGUCGAGGCUGGCAGCUUCGUCCGAGGCUUCCUCCUGCUGGCGCUCUACCCGUUCCUCCGCGUCCUGAAGCAUGGGACGUGUUUAAAAGCCAUGGCCAUGGUCUGCUUCUGCGGGCUGCGGCGCAACGAGGCGGCGAGGAUCGGGAGGGCCGUGCUGCCAAAGUAUUUCUUCAAGGAGGCGGCGCACGUGGAGGCGCUAGCGAAGGUGGCCGGAGAGUCGCCGAAAGAGGUGAAGGUGGCAGCGGUUAGUAGGACUUUUCCAACGGUGAUGGUGGAGGCGUUCUUGAAAGAGUAUGUUGGGUUCGACGCGGUGGUCGGCAGGGAGGUGAAGGCAGGUUACCGGUACUUCGCCGGCGUGAUGGAGGACGAGAAGACGGACACAACGAUGGAGAGUCUUGUUGAUGGGCUAAAGCAAACCGAGAUGAAGAAUACGUGCCAUUACCCGAAGCCCAUGAUCUUCCACGACGGUCGGCUGGCGUUCACGCCGACACCGGCUGCCGCGCUCGCCAUGUACAUCUACUUCCCCUUCGCUAUCGUCCUCGCCAUCGUCCGCAUCGCCAUCUACACCAUACUUCCCCGGCUUAUGACGGGCGUCGCCGCCGCACUUGCCGGCGUGCGGGUGCGCGUCACCGGCGCCCCUACUUCCGCGGUCGACGGAGCCACGGCAGGCGGCCGGCUCUACGUGUGCAACCACCGCACGCUCCUCGACGCGAUCGCCAUCUCCAGUGCGCUCGGGAAGUCCGUCUUCGCCGUGACCUACAGCCUGGGCCGCCUGUCCGAGCUGAUCUCGCCCAUCCCGCUGCUCCGACUCACCCGCGGCCGCGAGGAGGACCGGCGCCGCAUGGCGUUGCUGCUGGCGCGGGGUGACGUCGUCGUUAGCCCCGAGGGCACCACGUGCCGCGAGCCGUACCUGCUACGGUUCAGCCCGCUGUUCGCGGAGCUUGCCGACGAGGUGAGCCCCGUGGCGGUGGACGAGCGCUCGACCAUGUUCUACGGCACGUCGACGUCGCCAAUCGACAAGUGCUUCGACUCGGUGUACUUCUUGAUGAACCCUCGACCGGAGUACUCCGUCCACUUCCUGAAGCCGGUGCCCACCGGCGGCCAGAACAGCAGCAUCGAGGUGGCGAACCAGGUGCAGCGGGUGCUCGCCGACGCGCUGGGGUUCACGCCCACGGCGCUGACGAGGAAGGACAAGUACAUGCUGCUCGCCGGCAACGAAGGGACAGUGGCGACGAAGAAAAGCAAUUAG